UCUGCGUGCGUGAAAUUUCAUUGGUUACUGAGUUUGAGGCUUCAGGACUUGAGUAACGCGCAAGGACGUCUGUAGGGAAAGCUACGCUCGAGCUGAACUACAAUACAGUACAGCCCUCAUCAUGACUGUGGACUGGGCUGGAUAUGGAUAUGCAGCCCUGGUGGCAUCAGGAGGAGUGAUGGGUUAUGUCAAAGCAGGCAGUGUUCCUUCCUUGGCUGCUGGGCUGCUUUUUGGAGGUCUGGCAGGUUUCGGUGCUUAUCAGAUAUCUCAAGACCCUAAAAACAUUUGGGUAUCAUUAGCCACAUCUGGAACACUUGCUGCUAUCAUGGGAAAGAGAUUUUACAACUCUCGGAAGAUAAUGCCUGCGGGUAUAGUGGCUGGUGCAAGUAUCCUGAUGUUGACAAAGAUUGGAAUUGGAUUUCUACAGAAACCGCAAGAGUCAUGAUAAACUGGUGCCAAAAAAACACUGAACUUCACCAAUUCUGUUCACUGAAAGGUUCUGUUUUUUACAGCUUUCUCUCAUUGUUCUAGUGAAACACGACUGUCUCUCUUAUUUUUAAUAAAUAAUAAAAAAAGAAGAAAAAAAAAUAGAUAGAGUUUUCUAUCUGUCAGAGGUACUGUAUUCCUUU